GCGAUGCGGGCGGCGGGCAGCGCCGAGUGCGAGGCUCUUUUGUUCGGCUGAGGGGAGGGCCGUUGGCCGGGGCCUGCGGUACGCCGCUUCAGUGAGGGGGUCGACUGCGGCCACCGGCUUGUUGCUUUUCUGGGCGCCACUCCCCCGGCCGGCCCGACGCGACGCGCCAUUAGCGCGGCACCGAUUCCUCUCGGGCUCUUGGGCGCUGCUCUGAGCAGCGUCACCCUUUAGACCAGAAAGCUGGCGGGCACUAUGGGGAAGAAACAAAACAAGAAGAAAGUGGAGGAGGUGCUAGAAGAGGAGGAAGAGGAAUAUGUGGUGGAAAAAGUUCUUGACCGUCGAGUGGUAAAGGGCAAAGUGGAGUACCUCCUAAAGUGGAAGGGGUUCUCAGAUGAGGAUAACACGUGGGAGCCAGAAGAGAACCUGGAUUGCCCUGAUCUCAUUGCCGAGUUUCUACAGUCACAGAAAACAGCACAUGAGACAGAUAAAUCAGAGGGAGGCAAACGCAAAGCUGACUCUGAUUCUGAAGAUAAGGGAGAAGAGAGCAAACCAAAGAAGAAGAAAGAAGAGUCAGAAAAGCCACGAGGCUUUGCCCGGGGUUUGGAGCCAGAGCGGAUUAUUGGAGCUACAGACUCCAGUGGAGAACUCAUGUUCCUGAUGAAAUGGAAAAAUUCUGAUGAGGCUGACCUAGUCCCUGCCAAGGAAGCCAAUGUCAAGUGCCCACAGGUGGUCAUAUCCUUCUAUGAGGAAAGGCUGACGUGGCAUUCUUACCCCUCGGAGGAUGAUGACAAAAAAGAUGACAAGAAUUAACUCUCCUGAGCACCUGCCCCUGUCACAUCUGACUGUGGGUUUCAAGUGGGGAGGGAAGGAGUUCUACUUGUCUUGACACCAUAGAGGUGGCUUGAGAAGAUGUCCUUUGAAGAGUCAGUAUCGUUUCUGUGCCCUACAGCAGCCCAAGUGCUUUAAAGCCUUUCCAUGCUGUGUAGUUGGCACACCCAUCCCAGUGGAGGGGAAGGAAGAGAAGUGUUGCAAGGCAACCCAUUCUGUACUUUGCUGAGAAAGGCAAAGGGCCUUCCAUGAAGGACAGAACUUGCAAAAUGGGUGUGUGGGAGAGCAAAAGAUACUGUAGAUCUUCAAAGCGCAUCUCCACAACCCACAGCCUUCUUCCCAAUAGUGUUAACUCUGCAUUUUUACAGCGUAGCAUGUGUGUAGUUUUUGGCUAUUACUGGUGUAUCAUUUGGGGG